AUGUUGGAUUCAUACUCUGGUAUAGAUGGCGCGAAUACAUAUGCCACCAAUGGCUCUGCAUCGAAGAAGUUGAACCACAAUUCCGAUGUAAUUUCACAUGAACAAGGGUCGGCUCCAGCGCCCGCACGUCACACUCAUCGGGAAGGUCUCUUGCAUAGCAUCGGAAGCGCUUUGUAUCGUACCAUACCUUGGCUUUCUGGUACAAACAAGUCAAACGCUUCAGCACAGGAUGAAACCCAAUCAUCUAUCCAAUCAACGUUUCAUCCUCGCACGUCCCGUGCGCUUCAUGAAUCCUCUCUACUUUCGUCAUCGGAGGGAUCUAAUCCACGUCCUUCUCCUGCGAAUCGUUUGGCUACCUCGCAAACGUUGAAUCGUGCCCAGGCGCCGUACAAACCGUUUCCACGCACCAAAUGGGGCAGUCUAAAUCUUGGACCACCCACAACACCAUCGCUUGCCUCGACCAUACAAUUCCAAAAUUUGUCUGACCAACCUGCUCCCUCCUUCGGUAGGGAUUUCGGUGAUUCUGUGCUUGGUAAACGUGACGUGCCAACGGUUGACGUCACUAUCGAUGAUCAGACGACUUACACGCCAUCUGCGCGUAAGCGCAGAAUGCUUUGGGACCCAGAGAUGGGCUUCGUGGAUACGGAAGACAUGGCAGCACAUCGUCCCCCGCCGCCUCCGCCACAAAAUGAGGCCGAACGCAUUCUAAGAGCACUUGAAAGCAUGCGCACACCGCUAGGAGACGCCCGCCGCGAAAAAUUGAUGCGCUCGCGUUCUGUUCCGUCAUGGCAUUCCAAAUCGAUUCCUGUUCCACUGCCAACUCCGGAGCGGGAGAGUAUUCUGGCCCCGCCUCGUUCGCCCGCAUUCCACAGUAUUUCACCACACAUGCGCUCCCUGAGUCGCUCCCAGCGUCUGCGCCAAUCUCUAAUGGGAGCUCAACCAGGCAUGAGUUCCAAACUCCGUGAGUCUUUUCGGGAUAGUGAUACCCUACAGGAACCCCCUCGCUACGUUCAUGUGGAUGAUGAACUAGCCGUGGAGGAGCUGGAAAAACCAGAGCGCCGUUUAAAGCGUGAAGCACGCAAGGCUGAGAUUCAACCUAAGCCAUCGCGUGCAAAGAUUUUAAAAACGUCAACGAAAAAGGUUGGUUUAUCGAAGGAAAACUCUGAACCAACAUAUAAUUCGAACAUACAUGAUUCAAGUGAGUCGGGUCUGAUCAAACGUUCAGUUGAAGUUGAUUCGAGGCGCAAAAAGUUUCAAGUGCGGAAAGACAAUGAAACAGGUCCUUCUCGUUCUGUCCUACGUCAAAAUUCUGCUAAGACUUCCAGGCGGCACGCUCCAUCUGGCCGGAUCACUGCAUUUGAUGAUGAUGAUGAUGAUGAGCCUAUGCCUGGUGGUGAGGAGCUGGCAAAGAUCAAGCUUCCCGAGUUUCUAUUUCCUUCUGAUUUUGACUUUGACGCAUCAGACAACAAACUGAAGUCUAGAGAAAAUGAAAGCCAAACUCCUUCAUUGAUUGAGCGUAUGGAUCCAAAACCGCAUUCAGAUGUGACAACAACGCCGGCUAAGGAACCAGCUGCAGGCACUGUUCGGUUUGACUUGAAUUCUAGCGCUCCGGAUAAGAGGCCGACUUCAUCGUUCUUUAGCACGGCUCCUAGGAAGCCUGCAGAUGACAACUCCCUAAGCAAGGAGAAAAACUCGGGUCCCGUGCCUGACUUUUUCAGCAAAUCUAGUAAGAAUACAGGCAUACAAAGUUCUGUUGCUACUUCGCAACUUGGUUUGCCUGGUGCCCAAAGUAUCCAGCCUCAUGCACCAGAAGUCAAAGAACAGAUUGAACCAACCUUGAAAAAACGGGAACUUGAUGAUGAGAAUCUGGUCGUUAAGAAGCCCUUCUCAAUAAGUGCUUCAAAUGAGCCAGCACCCAUAUUCUCUGCAGCUACCGAGAAGGUUGCCCAGCCGGCGUUUUCGUUUGGUCAACCAGCAGAUAAAAAGGAAGACAAGCCAGCGUUUUCUUUCGGUCAGUCGACCGAGAAAAAAGAAGACAAACCAGCGUUUUCGUUUGGUCAACCAGCAGAGAAGAAGGAGGAUAAGCCAGCGUUUUCGUUCGGUCGAUCGACUGAGAAGAAAGAUGACAAGCCAGCGUUUUCAUUUGGUCAACCAGCAGAAAAGAAAGAAGAUAAGCCAGCGUUCUCGUUUGGUCAACCAGCAGAAAAGAAAGAAGAUAAGCCAGCGUUCUCGUUUGGUCAACCAGCAGAGAAGAAAGAAGAUAAGCCAGCGUUCUCGUUUGGUCAGCCGACUGAGAAAAAGGAGGAUAAGCCAGCAUUCUCGUUCGGCCAGUCGACUGAGACAAAAGAAGACAAGCCAGUGUUCUCGUUUGGUCAACCAGCAGAGAAGGAAGACAAGCCAGCGUUCUCAUUUGGUCAAUCGACUGAGAAGAAAGACGACAAACCAGCGUUUUCGUUUGGUCAGUCGACUGAGAAAAAGGAAGACAAGCCAGCGUUUUCGUUCGGCCAGUCGACCGAGAAAAAGGAGGAUAAGCCAGCAUUCUCGUUCGGCCAGUCGACUGAGAAGAAAGAAGACAAGCCAGUGUUCUCGUUUGGUCAACCAGCAGAGAAGAAGGAAGACAAGCCAGCGUUCUCAUUUGGUCAAUCGACUGAGAAGAAAGACGACAAACCAGCGUUCUCGUUCGGUCAACCAGCAGAAAAGAAAGAAGAUAAGCCAGCGUUCUCGUUUGGUCAGCCGACUGAGAAAAAGGAGGAUAAGCCAGCAUUCUCGUUCGGCCAGUCGACUGAGACAAAAGAAGACAAGCCAGUGUUCUCGUUUGGUCAACCAGCAGAGAAGGAAGACAAGCCAGCGUUCUCAUUUGGUCAAUCGACUGAGAAGAAAGACGACAAACCAGCGUUUUCGUUUGGUCAACCAGCGGAGAAGAAAGAUGACAAGCAAACUUUCUCAUUUGCUACUUCAUUCGACAAACCAGCUACUCAAUCUGUUAAUGCAUCGACCAACAAACCUGCUGCUUCUUUCGGUCAAUCGGCCACUACCUCGAAUGUUCAACCUGCAUCGCCUUCGCCAUUUUCAUUCGGUUCAGCACCUGCUUCUGAUGCAGCAGAGAAACCAUCAGGCCCAUCUUUUACGUUCGGAGCCUCUGCUGGCUCCACAGCAUCUUCCUCUACAUUCUCCUUUGGUAAAAAAGAUGCUUCGGCAUCGAGCUCGCAAAAUCCACAACCAGCCUUUUCAUUCGGCGCAACCAGCGGUGAAGCGUCGCCUGCACCCACUUUUUCAUUUGGUCAGGCGACAUCUGCUCCACCGGUCUCCUUCGGAUCGCCCGCCCCUACGAUGUCGUUCGGAACGGCGCCAGCUCAGCCUCCCGCAUCGACAACAUCGUUUUCAUUUGGAGCACCUGCUGCGCCAGCCCCUGCACCAACCACUUCCUUCACGUUUGGAAGUGCACCGCCUAGUGGUACAUUCCAAUUUGGGGCAAAUGCUCAGUCUGGCGCACCCGCUGGAGCGCCAACCACAUCCUUUUCUUUCGGAGCAGGAUUACCUUCUGCGGCCCCGUCCUUUACAUUUGGAAGCGGCAGUGGCGGAAAUUCGCCAGCAACAGGGUCACCUGCACCUUUCACAUUCGGUACGCCUCCUACUUCAAGUGACGGCAGUAACGGGGGAAAUGGAUUGUUCAACUUGGGUUCGUCGCCUGCCCCUGCUGGCCGACAAAUCAAGCCAUUGCGCCAAUCAAGACGACGUAACUAG